AAUACCCAGAAAUAAAAAUAACAAGGACAAUAAUCAGUAAAAUUUUGAAGCAGAAUUUGAAAGUUGAACCAGAACGAAAACCCAAUCGUCUUCUCCAAAGCUAAGGUCCAUUGUUCCCAGCAGCCAUGGAAGCAAUCAGGAAGAUAAGAGAUCAGGUCGCUAAACAGCAACAGGCUGUCUUCAAACAAUUUGCUGGUGGCAUAUAUGGGAGUUCGGAUAAUGUUGUCGGGGACGAAACAGAACUCCAACAGCAUCAGAAACUCGAGAAGUUGUUCAUAUCAACUCGUGCCGGCAAGCAUUACCAAAGGGAUAUUGUGCGUGGUGUGGAAAGUUAUAUUGUAACUGGUUCAAAGCUAGUUGAAAUAGGUACCAAGUUAUCAGAAGAUAGCAGGAAAUAUGGUGCUGAAAAAACUUGCACCACUGGUAACACAUUAUCCCGCGCUGCACUGAGUUUUGGAAGAGCUCGUGCCCAGAUGGAAAAGGAGUGUGGAAUUCUAUUGAAAGCCCUUGGCACACAGGUUGCAGAGCCUUUAAGAGCGAUGGUAGUGGGUGCACCCUUGGAGGAUGCUCGACAUCUUGCUCAACGAUACAGUAGAAUGCGACAAGAAGCUGAAGCUCAGGCUAUUGAUGUUUCCAGACGCCAAGUCAAAGUACGGGAAUCCGCAGGUAAUGUAGAUAUUAUCAUGAAACUAGAAGCUGCUGAAGCCAAACUUCAGGAGCUAAAGUCCAAUGUUGCAAUAUUGGGAAAAGAAGCUGCUGCAGCAAUGGCAGCUGUAGAAGGUCAACAACAGAGGUUGACUCUUCAGCGACUUAUUGCCAUGGUUGAAGCAGAGCGCAAUUAUCAUCAGACUGUCCUCCAGAUACUUGAUCGGCUUGAAGGCGAGAUGUUGUCAGAACACCAGCGAAUCGAAGCAUCCCCUAGUCCAGCUGCAGAGAAUACUAUGCCUCCACCACCCUCAUAUGAAGAGGUCAACCAUGACUUUUCUUCUGAAACCCAUGAUGAUUUAACAGACAUCAGGGACUAUUUCUUAGGAGAGGCUAUGUACACAUUUCAAGGUGUAACUGAUGUGGAGUUGAGUUUGUCUUUCGGGGAUUAUGUUGUUGUCCGAAAGGUUUCAAACAAUGGUUGGGCUGAAGGUGAAUGUAAGGGAAAAGCAGGUUGGUUCCCGUUUAACUACAUAGAAAGGCGGGAACGUGUUCAUGCGAGCAAGGUGGCUGCAGUCUUUUAAAUCCACUAUUUGGCUUCUGUUUGUGUUGUUACGCUGGAGUUGCCUAGUUGUUAAGUUUGUUUAUUCAAUUUGAAAACAAUGUCAGCUGGUGAUCAGCAUUUUACAUGAGCCAAAGUUGUUUGUAUUGCUUUAUAUGUGCGCUUUUCAAUAGAUGAUUCAUUUACGGUGUAAGGAAUAGUAUGUCUAAUCGUGGAGUUUCUUGUGCAGAUUUAAAUUUUACCUUCAGAAAAUAUAAAAGAUGUUUACCAGUGGACCA